UUCAUGUGAGACUUCCUUCUCGCAGAUGAAGCUGAUCAAGACCAGCAGGAGAUGUAGGAUGAGAUCAUCGACACUCAACACUCUGAUGACUGUGAAGCUACAAGCCCCCUCAAUUACAGACUUUGAUCCUGAGAAGGCCAUUGACAGGUGGUUGGUAACACCUACACGGGCUAGGUCUCUUAACUACAACAGAGGCAAGCACAACCAAUCAGCUGUCAAGACAUCUGAAGUCAUCUGUGUAGUGGAGGAGAAAGAUGUGGAAGAUGCUGAGGAGCAGGAGGAGGAAGAAGAGUCAGACAUUGAAGAGGAGAUCGCUGUCUUCAACAAAGCCAUCGAUCCCGAUGAAGACAGCGAUUACUGUUCGGAUUUCGUGGAUGAAGAACAGACAUUUGCUAAAAUCAUGAACUAUUAUUGAGAUGCUGAGGAGCAGGAGGAGGAAGAAGAGUCAGACAUUGAAGAGGAGAUCGCUGUCUUCAACAAAGCCAUCGAUCCCGAUGAAGACAGCGAUUACUGUUCGGAUUUCGUGGAUGAAGAACAGACAUUUGCUAAAAUCAUGAACUAUUAUUGAGAUUGCCAUUUGAUAAAUGAAACAGUACAUUGUAAAUUUAAUGUGCACUAAAGUGUAUUGUUAUGGAGGGUGGUUAUCUUUUAAUUUUGUUGCUAAUAUUUACCAUUUACUGCGCUCAGAUAUUGUUGUUGUGUAUUUAAUUUGGGUCCUGUGAAUUUUCAGUGGGUCAGACAGAUUUCUGAGAGUCACAGGACCCAUGUCCUGCAGGACUACAAACUAUUUCGUGA